CACGAUUUUCUUCCUCCUCCCGGGUUCUUUGUGUUGCGUCUCGGUUACUGUUGUCAACAAAGAGCGUAUAUUAAUGGAACAGGUUUCUUGAGCUUGUCUUGCGGAGGUCCAAGCUAUGUGGACUCGUCCAACGUUUCUUGGGUAUCAGAUGAUGAGUAUAUUGACAGAGGGAACACAAGUACCGUGACUUCUCCUACCAGUUUUCCCAUCAGAUUUUUCCCGGAUUCUCGAGGUCGGGAAUGUUAUAAGUUGCCUGUGAAAACUGACUUGUCCUCCUCGGUUCUUGUUCGGGCCAAAUUCGUUUACGGGAAUUAUGAUGGUCAGAAUAGGCCUCCUUCAUUUCUCGUCUCCCUUGGAAGGACGGUCGCUGGUACUGUAAAUCUGGGAGCCAAUGAUCCUUGGACCGAGGAGUUGGUAUGGCCAGCGGUAAACAAGGAUACUGUCUUGUUCUGCUUGCUUCCGAUUGAAGGGAGAGGAAUUCCCGUGAUCUCUUCGCUUGAAGUACGGCCACUCCCUUUAGGUGCUUACAGGAACAACUUGGAGGAUUUCCCGAGCAAGAUUCUCAGGAGAAGUUACCGUAUCAAUAGCGGAUACACAAACGGGACUAUCCGGUACCCAUCAGAUCCAUUCGAUCGAAUAUGGGAUCCUGAUCAAAGCUUUUCACCUUUUCACGCGUCUUCGGGCUUCAGUAUGCUGACGAGUUUGAACUCCUUCAACAUUACCGAGAAUCCUCCCAUUUCUGUUCUUCAAACUGCACGAGUUCUCGCACGAAAGGACAGUCUCACGUAUUCCCUUUCUCUUGAUAAACCUGGAGACUACUAUGUUAUCCUCUACUUUUCGGGAAUACUCCCUCUUUCCCCUUCUUUCGAUGUAAUAAUCAACGAUGAAGUGAAACAGUCUGACUAUACCGUGACAACUUCAGAAGCCAGUGCUCUGUAUUUUACCCAGAAGAGAACCAAGAAAAUAAACAUAACGCUCAAGAAAAUCAAGUUCAAUCCUCAGGUUAACGCCGUAGAAAUCUAUCAAAUUCUCGAUAUUCCUCCAGAAGCUUCUUCUACCACAGUUUCUGCACUUCAGGUUAUCGAGCAGUCAACUGGAUUGGAUCUCGGAUGGCAAGACGACCCUUGCUCUCCAUUCCCAUGGAACCAUAUCAAAUGCGAAGGAAACCUUGUUACAUCGCUGUUUCUUUCAGAAAUCAACCUACGAUCCAUUAGUCCGGCAUUUGGCGACUUGCUUGAUCUCAGGAAACUCGAUUUGCAUAAUACGUCCCUUACUGGGGCAAUACAGAAUCUGGGCAGUCUCCAAAAUCUCCGAAAACUGAAUCUGAGCUUCAAUCAGCUAACGUCAUUCGGCUCAGAAUUGGAAGAUCUGGAUAACCUUGAAGUUGUGGACCUGCAAAACAACAGCUUGCAGGGAAUAGUUCCUGAAAACUUGGGAAAUGUGAAGAAUCUCAGUCUGCUGAAUCUGAAAAACAAUAAACUACAAGGCCCCUUGCCCGAGUCUCUUAACAGAGAAAAUCUGGAAGUCAGGACAACAGGAAAUCUAUGUCUUUCAUUCUCUGCAUUAUCAUGCAACAACGUCUCGUCAACAGUUGAGACACCGCAAGUCACUAUCAUUCCACAUAAGAUACACAAGAAGCAUAACCAUUUAGCAAUCUUACUUGGAGUCGCUGGCGGAGCCUUGUUUGCCAUUCCCCUCGUCUUUGUUCUCAUGUUGAUAUGCAGAAAGAGACAGAGAAACAAAGAUGGCGAUGCAACAAGAGCACAGCUGGAGAUGCGGAACUGGAACACAACAAGAAUCUUUUCUUACAAAGAGAUCAAGGCAACUACAAGCAACUUCAAGGAGGCAAUUGGCCGUGGAAGUUUUGGAUCUGUGUACCUGGGAAAGCUAUCAGAUGGGAAGCAAGUUGCAGUGAAAGUGCGGUUUGAUAGAACUCAACUCGGGGCUGAUUCUUUUAUCAAUGAGGUGCAUCUUCUGUCUCAGAUUCGCCACCAGAAUCUAGUUUCAUUUGAGGGUUUCUGCUACGAACCAAAACGGCAGAUACUGGUUUAUGAGUAUCUGCCCAACGGAUCACUGGCUGACCACUUGUACGGACAAAGAAGUAAAAGGCUUUCGUUGAGCUGGGUUUCAAGACUGAAAAUCGCAGUUGACGCUGCAAAAGGAUUGGACUACCUGCACAAUGGGAGUGAGCCGAGGAUCAUACAUCGUGAUGUGAAGUGCAGUAACAUACUUCUGGAUAAGGAUAUGAAUGGGAAAGUUUCCGACUUUGGCCUGUCAAAACAGUUUACAAAGGCAGAUGCUUCUCAUAUUACUACUGUUGUCAAGGGCACUGCAGGCUACCUUGACCCUGAGUACUAUUCCACCUUGCAACUGACGGAGAAAAGUGAUGUCUAUAGCUUCGGGGUGGUUCUGUUGGAGCUCAUAUGUGGGAGAGAACCCUUGAGUCACUCAGGAUCUCCCGAUUCUUUUAAUUUGGUUCUAUGGGCUAAGCCAAACCUACAAGCAGGAGCAUUCGAGAUAGUGGAUGAUAUCUUGAAGGAAACAUUUGAUGCACAGAGUAUGAGAAAGGUUGCUUCCGUGGCUAUAAGUUGUGUGGAGAGAGAUGCUUCAGAAAGACCAUCUAUUGCCGAAGUUUUGGCUCAACUGAAAGAAGCGUACAACCUUCAACUCUCAUAUCUUGCUUCUUCGGCACAUACAGACUGAUUAAAGAACACAAACAAGACAAUACAUAUGCAUAAAUAUAUAUACUGAAUGCUAUAUUUAUUUGUUUUAUAAAGUUUAUAAGCUAUUUGGA